AUGGAAAACCGGUACAACAUAUCAUCUGUUUUGGUGCUAAAUCGCUUUAACCUCUCCUCUGAAACUGUCUUUCCUGCCUUCAUUUUUGCAACGCUGAGCUACAUGAUCAUACUUUUCUGCAACCUUAUUCUAAUCCUCACAAUUGUACUGAACAAAUCUUUGCAUCAACCCAUGUACCUGAUUCUGCUGAACCUUCCCAUCAACGAUCUUAUAGGCUCCUCAGCAUUCUUCCUACAGUCCAUCAACGAAAUACUGACAAACAGAAAGACAAUGCAAUACUCAGCUUGUUUUGCCCAAGCUUUCUUUAUCCACAUCUAUGCAGCAGCUACAGUUUUCAUUCUAUCCGCUAUGGCAUAUGAUAGAUACAUUGCCAUAUGUUGCCCUUUGAAAUAUAUCACUGUAAUGACUUGUUCUAACAUUAUGAGAAUAAUCACAAUUGUGUGGAUGAGUUGUUUACUUCUAAUAACCGUGCUUUUUGUUCUGCUUUCGCGUUUACCCCGCUGUCGAUCUGAAUUAACACAUCCUUACUGUGAUAAUCCAACUUUGCUGACUCUGGUCUGUGCCAACACAGCCAUCAAUAAUAUUUAUGGGCUAUUCAUAGUUGCUCUUUCACAAGUGAUAAGUAAUGGGAUGAUGUUGUACACGUAUCUCCAGAUCCUUGUUGCGUGCUUCAGAUCCAAAAGAUCCGACACAAAAACCAAAGCUCUGCAAACGUGCGCAACACAUCUGACAGUUUUUCUACUGUUGGAGUGUCUGGGUCUUUUCACCAUCAUUUCGUACCGAAUUAAGAACGUAUCACCACAUUUAAGGUGGUUCAUGGGGGUAUCCACUUUAGUUGUGCCGCCAACAUUGAAUCCAAUCAUUUAUGGACUGAAAACAAAAGAAAUUAAAGUAAAAGUAGUGCACUUUUUUAGAAAUAAAAUAUUUUCGUCUUGA